AUGGCGCCUUUCCCUGAGGCAAGUUUCUCACCGCUUCUCACAGUCGAGUCUGUGCGAGUGCUGCCUGGCGACGUUCUCCGGCGGUCUCCAAAGCGGCCAGCGGAAGUCUUUGAGAGCCUGAUCCGAUUUCUGAAGGACCAGCCCAGCGAUCACCAAAAGGGCGGCGAGAUGACGAUUCUGAGCCUUUGCCUACCGGAAGAAGAGAUUCAGAAAGAAAACAAUUCCUUUUCCGUGGAGGUGGAUGUGAUGUUUGAAUUCGUCGUCUUCCGCGCUUUCGUGAAAGUCUUUGAAGAUGAAGCCGCCACAUUCGUGUCCUUUCGGGACAUGCUCGGGCAGGAUGCCCUCAGAUUCAGCAAGCUUGUCCACCUGAUUGAGCGAAGGGUGCUACUAGAUGAUGAGACCAAAGAAACACCCACCACCGACUUCGACGAAGACCUGGAGCUGCAAGGCGAAGGUGCAGUGGCGGGGGGGCAGGCGCUUGACACGGCGUUGGCACUGAUGAAGUCAUGCGUCGAGUCAGGGAAAUCUGCCGCAGAUGCUGCACAGAUCUUGGCCUUUUGGGCUUGCAACAGCCCUCGGACUCGAAGCACCAUUGCUCGAGCGGCAGAACAAGGUGAUGUGGUUCAAGCUUUGACGCAGCAAGCCAAGAAAGCCAAGCAGACGGACAGCGUGCUCCCACAGGUAUACCCUUUGCUAGCAGCUUUGCAGCAGAGCUCAUGCAUUGCUCCAGAAGAUGUCGCUUGUUUGAAGCUGGAUGCAAUGCGGCGGAAGUGCUCCGAAGCCACGAAGCUGGCUGAUCUUUCGAGUUUCCGGCAGCAAGUUUUCGGCGACCCGUACAGCCCCUGCAAGUCGGAGGACCUCCCAAAAGCCCCGAGCGACCGCAGCGACCGCAGUGAUGAUGGUACUGCAACUGCUUCUCCCAUCUCUUCGCAAAACCGACGAGCUUGCAGUGACGUUCUGUCCAGCGACUAG